CUGCACUGCAUCGGGCCUGACUAGAGAUCGUGUGUCUGAGGCACCCGAGAGAGCAGGAUCUGCAAGGACCUUCGCAUCCCUGGCUUCCAGAGAUGGCAUACCUAAGCAAGCAUUGUUCCUGGAAGAGAAUCAUGGCCAUCUUCUUCCUGCCACUAGUCUUACCAGGUUUUGCUCCUCGCUCAGAGGACUCAUUUAAGUCUCCUGCCAGGUUCAGUUGGUCUUAUCUGAACCCCUCCAAGCUGAAAAAGAGAUCUGUAGGACUUAGCACUGAAACCAAUGCUCACGGCCAAGCAUACUUCACCCUGGAAGGCCACAAAUUCAUGAUAGUUGGAGGCUCCAUACACUACUUCCGGGUGCCCAGGGAGUAUUGGAAAGACCGCUUGCUGAAGCUCCAGGCCUGUGGAUUUAACACUGUCACUACCUACAUCCCGUGGAACCUCCAUGAGCAAGAGAGGGGGAAAUUUGACUUCUCUGAGAUCCUGGACUUGGAGGCAUAUGUUUUGCUGGCUAAGACUCUUGGACUGUGGGUGAUUCUUCGUCCAGGGCCAUACAUCUGUGCUGAGGUUGACUUGGGUGGAUUACCUAGCUGGCUUCUACGCAAUCCUGGGUCAAAUCUGAGAACAACCAACAAGGACUUUAUUGAAGCUGUUGAUAAAUAUUUUGAUCAUCUGAUUCCCAAAAUACUUCCUCUUCAGUACCGCCGUGGUGGCCCUGUUAUUGCUGUCCAAGUAGAGAAUGAAUAUGGUUCAUUUCGAAAUGAUAAGAACUACAUGGAGUACAUUAAGAAGGCUCUGCUGAAUAGAGGGAUUGUAGAGCUCCUCUUGACCUCAGAUAAUGAGAGUGGAAUUCGGAUCGGCUCUGUCAAAGGAGCAUUGGCUACUAUCAAUGUGAACUCAUUUAUAAAGGAUUCGUUUGUUAAGCUUCAUAGAAUGCAGAAUGAUAAGCCUAUUAUGAUUAUGGAAUACUGGACUGGCUGGUAUGACUCGUGGGGGAGUAAACACACUGAGAAAAGUGCAAAUGAAAUUCGACGCACAAUAUAUAGAUUCUUCAGCUAUGGACUCUCCUUCAACGUGUAUAUGUUCCACGGUGGAACCAACUUUGGUUUCAUAAAUGGAGGCUAUCAUGAAAAUGGUCACACGAAUGUUGUGACUAGCUAUGACUAUGAUGCUGUGCUUUCCGAGGCUGGUGAUUACACAGAAAAGUAUUUCAAGCUUCGGAAACUCUUUGCAUCUGGAUCAGCACGUCCUCUACCGCCAUUGCCUCGUCUUAUUCCCAAGGCUGUCUAUCCCUCUGUGAAUCUAUCAUUCUACCUGCCACUGUUUGAUAUCCUACCAUACUUAAAUAAGCCUGUCAUGUUAGAAACUCCAGUCACCAUGGAGAAUCUUCCAAUAAACAAUGGCAGUGGUCAGCCAUUUGGAUUGGUCCUUUAUGAGACGUCCAUCUGUUUUGGAGGCGGUCUCUCUGCUUCAGUCCACGAUUCGGCACAGGUGUUUUUGAAUGACAAAAGCAUAGGAAUUCUGGAUGAGAAUAAUGAGUUCCUGCAUAUUCCUAAAAUCCAGGGUUGUCAGCUUCUGAGGAUCCUGGUUGAGAAUCAAGGCCGAAUCAAUUUCUCAUGGAGAAUUCAAAGUGAGCAGAAAGGAUUAAAUGAAGCAGUUACCAUCAAUGGUACUUUGCUGAGGAAUUUCACCAUCUAUUCUCUGGACAUGAAGAUGAGCUUCUUCGAGAGGCUCCGCUCUGCAUCAUGGAGAAUUGCUCCAAAAACUUAUAAAGGCCCUGCCUUCUACUGGGGAAGUUUGAACGUUGGCUCUUUUCCCACGGACACCUUCCUGCACCUACCAAAUUGGCAUUAUGGGUUUGUGUUCAUCAACGGACGAAAUCUUGGAAGAUAUUGGGACAUUGGGCCUCAGAAAACACUGUACCUUCCUGGUCCCUGGCUUCAUCCAGAAGACAACGAUGUCAUCGUGUUUGAGAAGAUAGAGAAGGGAUUUUACAUCCAGACGAGAAAGAAACCCCAGUUGCAAAAUUAAUUCUACAAAACAGAUUCUGAAUUGUCAGAGGGUUCUGAUGGUUCUUUUGAAUGUUGAUCACUGCUAAGAAUAUUGCAAAUAGUGCUGCUGACAGAAAAACAUGAAAAUAACCAAAAUACCCAGAGAAAUUGGGUAUUUCCAUUUAAUUACUAAUUUUAGGCUAUAAACUUCAAAAUCUUUAGUAGACAAAUUUAUCUAGUUAAAUGCUUAAUUCUUAGUAGGUUCUUAUUCUCUGUCAAGAUAUGCCUUUAGAAAGAAAAUAAAAACAAAUUUAACUUC